UGAUCCCUCUGCGGUCGAGGUCACCUGAGCGAACCAGGGAUGGAAUGCGGCGUGCGAUGAGGUCUCUUUUCAGGCUCUAUUGACGAGCCAGGAUGCAACUAUCGUCCAAAAUACUCACUGAAGUAAAGGAAUAGAAGAUGGUACAAUAGGAAACUAAAAGGCAGCAUUAUCGGCAGUCACCAGAAUGUCGUCGGGAUUGGUAGUCAUCCAAGCUAACCAGCUACAAAAACUUAGCUUCCUUAACCAAGGCAGCACCAGACUCAGGGUGGAAUGCUUUGACCUCUGUCCAACUCUUAUAGUGUUAGGGGCAAACAGUGGGACUGUUUACAUCCUCGACCAUGAAUCUCUCGAGCUCAAACAUCAAGUGCCUACAGGGGUUGGAUCUGUGGUGCAGCUGAGCAUAUCACCUGAUGAAAGUUAUGUGGCAUAUGCUCUGAGUAAUGGAUUAGUGGAAGUCUUUGAGAUCCCUAGUCUGGAAGGGAGUGGAUGCCGGCAGCUCGUUACCUCCAAGGAACAUGAAGGCCAUGUCGUGUCGUCAAUGGUCUGGUCACAGGCCAAUAAUGAGAUUUAUAUUGGUGACACAACAGGGAGGGUGUCCGUUCUGUAUGUGCCAAAGAGUAAGACAGCUAUGUUUUUCAGAACUUCAUCUAUUCACUUGAUGACUUUGGACUCAGGUGUUACUCAGUUAGAUUACAGUGAAAACUACCUGCUUGUCUCAACAUUAACCAGGUCCUACAUAUGUAACACAACCUUAGAGACGUUCACCCAAGUUGGAACUAAACUGCGUCAAGGAGAAUAUGGAGGAUGUUUCUGCCGAGUGUAUCCCAGUGCUGCUGCUCCCUCAGGCACUCCACCUACUCCCCGGAAUACUCAGGAUGUAGGCCUAGAAGGAUCCCAAGCAACAGACAACACUCUCUCAGGCUCAGGAAAAUUUAACCUGUCUGACUGUUAUGAAGCCUUGGAAGAGGAGGGGCAGCUGGAGCAGGUCAGAUACUCUCAGGAAAAGACCAUUAGCAUGCCUUCGAAUGGCAUAACCUCUCGGGUUUUCUGUGCUAGGCCAGGGACCAGGAUCUGGGAGGUGGACCAUUCAGGGAAAGUUCUCGUUACCCACCAGCUGAAGAGGGCACUCCUUGUACCCCCUGCUGAUGUCUUAUUCACUGAUGGCAGCAUGGGAGAGAAUGAAUCCCUAAAUAGGAGACAUUAUGCUACCCUGGACAGGAAAGUGAAGCAGGACUUGGAUUACAAUGAGGAUCAGAACAGGGCUAGGGAAGAUCAAGACUUUGAUCAGGAGUCAGGGAAAAGCAACCCAGCCUCUGUUACUCACCCUCCAGUAAGUGUAGCCUUCACAAAGUUACUGAGUUUUUACAAUAGCUACCUUCUGGCCAUUUCCACCUAUGGCAUUUAUAUCAUUGAUCCAUCAAACUCAAAAGUGUUGCUGUGGAUCAGUGUGGCUGAAGGUGUCACUGACGUGAAGGUUUCUGGCAACACUCUCAUAUACAGAAUGAGUACUGGAAGUAUUCAGAAUUUAAUGAUAACAACAGUUGACAUUGCAGUGCUGGUUCUGCAUACCAAAGGCUUAUUCAAUGAAUGUGCACAACUUUGCCUCCAGUAUGAGAAUAUUUUCAGGAAUUCUAAACUGCUUUAUAAAUUAGGAGUGAAGAUUCUUGCAGAUUUGGCAAGUCAGGUGAAGGAUGAGCUGACCAAAGACAGAUUAGAAAACUUGAAGAAGCUUCUUACUCAUGAGAAAGAUCAGACAGACUUAAGGAAUAAACUCCCAGAUCAACAAAACAUCUCUGACAUGCAAGAUAACAGCUAUCAGUCAGAUGUCAAACACGGGUUGACCUCUGUAUUCAGGAUGGGUCAUGGUGCUUUCUUGCCUUCAGCAGUAACUAGAUGGUACAGUGAACCAUACUUGGGUCAUGUACAGAACAAAGUUCUCUCGCUUUCUCAGGCAACACUAUCUACUGAGAGUAGUCCCAGUCACCAUACCAAAGGAAGCAGAUAUACCAGUAGUACAGCCUCAACAUUCUUUACAGAAGCACACAGUAGCCUUUCCUUGACACAGUUCUCCAGUGAGGACACACUUCAGUCUGCCUCAUCUGGCAAGUCAUUUAGUGGUCUUAGCAUGUCAUCACAGUUUUCAGGUAUAGGAUCAAGCACUCCUGAAUUAGCCUAUAACAGACGGCCAAGUAGCCCAACCCUGUCUUCUGGAAGGUGCUCUUCAAACUCUGGAUCUAAUAAGUUAUCCUUAAAGAGUUUGGAUACCUCUCAAGAACUGUAUGAAGAUCCUCUCUUUCCUCCUGGAGAAGAUUCUCCAGAACUUGAAAUGGCAACAAGACUCUUUUUAGAUGGUAAGCAUGGCUCAUACAAUGCAUAUGACUCACAUAACUUCUAUUCAUAUGCUUAUGCUCCAAUUCACCCUGGUUCAGAGACCGCAGCAAUUCUGCAGGAUCUGAUGGAAAAUGUAACAACAAAUGUAGUUGACACAAUAACUUCUGGGACCAAGACUCUUACAGAGAAGUUGAAGAAUGUCGGACCACUAAAACCUAGUGGUGACAGAUCACCUCUGCCCAUGAAAAGAGACAUGCUUUCCCAGCAACAGACAGGGGGUAAAGCCUUUGCAGAUUGGGAAGAUCAUCAAAGUAGUGGAAAUGAUCACGACUUAGAUUCUUUUGACACAGACAUUGUCAUCAAAACCAAAACAAAGAAAAAAGGAGCAAGGCCUAAUUCAGGAACCUCUCCUGCAGUAAGUAGGUCUUCUACUAUGCAGGAUGCAGAAGAAGUUUUGCAGCCAAGCACAGAGUUACCAGAUGUCAUCCGCAAUUUGCAUGACUUAGUAAACUCAACUCUGUGGCAAAUACAGCAAACAGAUGACCAAGAAGAAGCCUGGAACCUUCUGACACAUUGGUUUGAUGUCUAUUGCAGCACCAUACAGCAAAUUCAGAGCCGACGUUCAUCUCCACAGGCUGGGGAAGAGGUGCAAGGAGAAGGUCCAGUUUCAUUGUCUUCCGUUGAUUCCUCAUUUUCGUAUGGCAGUGGAGGUACUUGUGAAUCACUGAACUGGGACAGUACUGACAUUGGGUUUGAACCUUCUAAUAUGAGUGCUGAUAUCAUUGAACAGAUCACAGAGCUUUUCAUUCAGUGUCUUCUAGCUGGAGUACAUUCAGAAUAUUUACAGAACCCUAAAAUAGGUUCUGGAAUCCAGAAGCCGGAUAUGAUUCCUCACCCACUAACACCAGAAGAAGUUAGGAAAAUGGAUUCCUUCUAUGCCACUCUGAUAUCAAAUGACUGUGGACUCAUCAGGUACUCAAGUGUGUUGAACGGGCUUGAGUCUCUAGGGCAACAUUCUUAUGUCUUCACUUGGGCAGCUCUGCUGGAAAGAGUAACCAAAGACUUUGAUACCUUCAUCACUCAUCCCCUUCCGGACAUCAUCUCAGAUCUUGACUUCACUCGGUCCCAGCGUGUGGCCUUCCUCUACAAACUUGCCUCUGGUGGGAACAUGAAGAACUUUAUUCAUGCUGCAACUCGGAUUGACAAUCCUACUGUGAUACUUGAUGUGGUUUUGAUAUUGAAUUACUUGUCACUUAGGUCACCUGAACUAGACUGUACUGCAACCAGAUCACACUAUCAGAAGCAGUAUCUCCUUCAGUAUCUGACUGAAGUGUCCAUAUGCAAAAAUCUAAGGAAGAUGUACCUAGAUUCUUGGUGCAGGUACCCAGAGCUACAGUAUGACAUUCUCAAUGCCAUAUUCAGUGCCUUGAAUCCUGGCAGCUUUUCAUGCAGCUGUGGUAUGCCUUUGCCACGAAGGAGACCUCUGCCCCUGAAGGACUUCGUGGAGACCGUUUUGGCUUAUCAUAUCAUAGAUGCAAAGAGAAUAGCGGAUUUAUGCCAAAGUUUUGGAUACUGGGAUGGUUUUUGCUCUCUCUCUUUGCAAUACAGCCUGCAGCCAACCAUGAAAUGUUUGCCAUAUAUAUUACAGAACUGUAACUUGGAUAUUUUACAUGAUGCCAUGGAGUUACUUCAGCCCACUUCCUAUAGAGGUAUAUUUGAUUCUUUAACAGCCAUAACAACUGAGAAUUCAUCAGUUAUUAGAUGUUUCAGAUGUCAGAAGAGCAUUAACUUGGUGUCAGAAGCAGAAGCCAGCCUGGAAAGCAGCCAGUCAAAUUUUGUAUACAAAUUUAGAGUGAAUGGAGAACCUCAGUUCAAGGACUCAGAGAGUGACACGGCCUGGACAGAGACAUUGUAUAGGAACCUGGAAUCCUCUGGUCCUUCCAAGGAAGACUUGCAAAAGGGUGAAUUACACUCAAUGAAUCUCCAUUCCCACCAGGAGUCAGAGGAGAAAACUGUGCUAAGUAUAAGCCAGGUGUGGGAGGCAGUGAUAGUGCAUGUGUUGAGAAGAAAAGGAGCUGCUGAGACCAUCAAACUUCUUCAGUCUGUGGAAAAAAAAAUUCCAGCAGGGAUCAUUCCCCAGAAAGUUUACAACUGGUGUAUCUUGGCAUCCCUGGUGGAUGAUAAGGGACCUGCAGUUCGAUGGGCACUUCUAGACACUCUUUCAGGUGCAAAGAAUAAGCCAUAUUCUCAGAAAGUUUCAAAACUGCUUCACAGAGGUGAUACUGCAACUAUUCAAAGUACUAAAGAAACAGCGGAUGACAGUAUAACACCCAAGCUCAUACCUCAGCAAAAGCAAAGACAUGAGCCACCAGGAGAUGAGCGUUAUUUCCGGGAUGGUGCUAAACCCUUAGGGCACCACUGGGGUGUUAGGUCCCAAGUCCUUCAGGGCAUUUGCUUCUGUUGCCACCUCAAGUUGCCAACAGAAGCCCUUGUGUCAGAAGGGGGCAUCACUGUCUUCCCUUGUGGCCACUCAUUCCAUACCAUAUGUUUGCUUCACAGGGGACACCAGUGUGUUAUUUGCCUGCAGAGGGCAGUCCAGAUAACUAACCAGUAUGUCCAAUUUGAUCACAAGUUUCUCUAAAGUGUGAGAUUAGUCCAAAGUUUAUUGAAAAUGGCAUGAAUGAGAAUAUGAUUUCACAAGGUGAGAUACACAGUUGAUAAUUUUCUUUUUAUCUGAAGAAUAUGUAUAAGUCCAAUUGUAGUCCCUCCAUUGCACUAAAAGCCUUACAGUGCUAUCCGGAUUCGGAUGUUCCUUCCAUUUGAAACUUCCCUUUUGCAAAAGAUGAUAAUUGUCUGUAUAAAGUUAUGCAGUUUAUGUAUUAGUGCCUAUGUAUAAUGCAAAGAUUGCUUCACAUUA